UUUGAUCUUUACGAAAAGGAGGUAGAAAAAUGACAGCGAAAUGUCUCGACCAACUUCGGGAAGACCGUCAACAGCAAAGAGUGUGGCCGUCAUAGUUCCAAAGCUUUCUGGUUUUGUUUUUACAGAAAAGUUGGGAAGCGGAACGUAUGCUGUUGUGUAUAAAGCGUACAGAAAGAGUGGAAGCAGACAAGUGGUUGCCAUCAAAUGUGUCUUAAAAAGUUCCUUGAAUAAGGCUUCCACUGAAAAUUUGUUAACAGAGAUUGAACUUCUUAAGAAAUUAAACCAUGAAAACAUUGUCAGACUUGAGGAUUUUCAGUGGGAUGACCAGUACAUAUACCUUAUCAUGGAGUAUUGUAGUGGCGGUGAUUUGUCAAACUUCAUCCGCUCAAAAAGGACUCUUCCAGAAAAUAUCCUCAAAAGGUUUUUACAGCAGAUAGCAAAAGCUAUGAGGUACCUACGUGAAUUUAACAUAGCUCACAUGGAUCUGAAGCCUCAAAACAUUUUGUUAACUUCUGAGUACAACCCAACCCUCAAAAUUGCAGAUUUUGGAUUUUCUAAGCACUUGUUCAAAGGAGAUGAACUACAUGCUAUGAGAGGGUCUCCCCUAUAUAUGGCCCCAGAAAUCAUUUGUAAAGGAACUUAUGACUCUCGUGUAGAUCUCUGGUCCAUCGGUGUAAUAAUCUAUGAAUGCUUGUUUGGGAGAGCACCCUUUGCUUCAAGAACGUUUAAAGAACUAGAAAAUAAAAUAUGGGAUUCAAAACCUGUUGAGAUACCAUAUGGAGUUAAUGUAUCUGAAAACUGCCGUGACCUAAUCUUGAGGCUGCUUAGGCGGGAUCCAGAUGAGAGGAUAACUUUUGAUGAAUUUUUUAAUCACCCAUUUGUAGAUUUAGAACACUGUGCUUCCAAUGAAAGUUUAAGUAAAGCUGUAAAUAUUGUUGCUAAUGCUGUCAAAAAGGACCAGAAUGGAGAGUAUAAAGAAGCCAUCAAACUUUAUUGUGAUUCUCUAGGACACUUUAUGCCGGCUAUUCAUUAUGAAAAAGAUGAGAGGAAAAAAGAGGCCAUAAGAGCCAAGGUCAAGGACUACAUGAACAGAGCAGAGGAGCUGAAGAAGCUGAUGAAACCAAAGAGACCCCCACCCCCUGUUAAUGGGGUCAAACGUACCAUCUCAGAAGACCCGAUGGAGGAACUAACUGAACUUUGUAAAGACAAUGAGGAGUUGACAGCUGCUGUGACACUUAUAAAGGCAGCAGAUACAGAGAACUCACAAGAAGACUAUGAACAAGCUCUGAAGCACUAUGAGCUUGCCCUUUCAACUUUCAUAAAGUUUCUGAAAGAAGAGAAACCUGGUCAUCGUAAGGAUUUGAUUGGUAAAUUGUCGCGCAGCUGGAUGGAUGAGGCAGAGAAGAUCAAGAUGUUUCUGGAUGUCCAAAAUCUUCAGACGGAAGACACAUCUGCCAAGGAAGAAGAAAAUGAGAAAAAGUACCUAUACACAGAAAAGUGUGGGAUACAAUAACAGGCACCGAAUUCUUGGUUUACUAGUUUGUGAACAACAUUCCUCAAAUUCAGAGAUGAUGAUAAUGAUGAUGAUGAUGAUGAUGAUGAUGAUGAAUAAAAUACAUAUAUCUCUUUCUUCUUAGUUAAAUGCAUAAUGAAAAUUUCUUCAUAAAGACUUUAUUAUUCAUCAUUAAUUGUCUAAAAUAUCAAAUGCCACACUUUAUGACUGUACUUAAUUUUACAUGUAAGGAUUUUGUGGUAUAUCAAUAAUUUAUUAUAUAUUUUACAGAGUUUUUAAUUAAUAGAGAUUUUUAAUUGUAAUUACUGGGGUGUUUUUAUUGAAUAAUUGUUAAUUGUGUGAAAAUAUACAUGCGAUCAGAAUAAAAUGUUGGAAGAUGUGUGUCUGUCAGAGAAAUUGCAUUUUUUCACUCCAGAGAUUAUAUAAAUGUGUUAUUUGCUAAAUGAUUGAGUGAUAUGUCGGCGUAUAUGUUAUGCUUUGUUAUUAAAUGGAAUCUGUUUUUGAUAACUA